GUUCCUUUUUGUUUCUUUUCCUUAUUUUUAUUCUAUAUAGCAAAGACAUCUUUUUUUUUUUCCAAGUUUUUUUUAUAUCUUUCUGUUUGUGUUGUCAUUCUGACACCAUUAGAGUAGACUCCUCUAAAAAAAAAAACCAUUCACUUUGAGGACGGCACAACAGUUGGAUUCGAUACAAGUAAUUACAAUAAUAAACGAAAACACACAACAAGACUCACACACACGCAAAAAAAAAAAACCAACAAUAAUGACCACCAUUACUGCUAGUCCCAAACAAUUAUCUUCUCUUCCUUCAAAUCAACGUAGGACACGAUCCAUGGGCAAAAUUUAUAGCAAGGAACAAGAUAAUCCUGAAGAAACGAACAACAACAACAAGAGACCAACUCCCAGUUAUUGUACAAAAACAGAGGAAUUUUCAGUAUCCAUCAACUCUCCUUCAAAGAAACGACGUACGUCUCAAACACCAGCAGCAGCAAAAAAAGUAGUAGAUACCUUCAAUCAGGAAGUUUCUAAUCCCAUUGUGUCUCCUGUGAAUCAAGUCACAUACAAAAGUGAUGAAGAUACCAACGAUGACAUUGAAGAAACUGAUGACAACAUUAGCAAUAAUAUUGAUGACCCUUAUGACAACAAAGAUAUUAGUUCUUCCUAUGAUUUAAACGACGAACAACUAUCACCACCUUCUCCAUCACCAUCUGCAGCAUUCUUACGACAACGGGAAGGAUUUGUGGGUAAUUCACGACAUAACUAUCUUAGUAGUCCAACGGCAGAUGUAUCAAUGACGGGUAUCAACACUAGUGAAGUUUAUGGAUAUAUGAACGGUGACGAGGAUGAGGACAAGGAUGGGACACAUUAUUCAGAAUUUGGAUGGCCUGAUAUGGAUCCAACAGCAACACACGACGCGAACAAUAAUAGUAACAGCACUAACAAUAUCAGCUGCGGACGGCGCAAUAGCAACCAUUUGAAUUCCAGCGAAGAGUUUUUCUCAAUACAAGGAAACAAUCAUCAACAACAUCAACAUAGCACCUCAUUCUUUUCCGACCGACCUUUGCAAAGAUCUUUACUUCAAGAUUUUCUCCAGGCAGAUGAUUAUGUUCAGGGUGAUGGUGGCGACAGUGAACAACCUAUAAGUGGACAACAACCAAUAGAUGAAGUAGAUAUGUUUUUCUCAGCCAGUCAAGCAGAUUAUGUCAGUAUGUCUUUCUCAACGAAACUUUCUAUUCCACAGCAACGACAACAAUUCCUUGCUCUUGCCAAACCAACCUAUUUGACUUCUUGGCCUCAUUUCUUGACCUUGGAUUAUUUCGAUACACAUGAUGCUCACGAUCGAUCUGAUAUUGUACCACCAUCUCCACCACCAUCUUCUAAUCAUCAAGAAAACAGCGACAAUGGUAAUGAUACGAUGACACCUAUUCUUUCCACAGCUUCCUAUUUUGAUACCAAAUUUUCUGUACUUCAUCGUAUUGGUACAGGCGAAUAUGCUGAUGUUUGGAAAGUAUGGAAUAUUGAAUCCAAUGAAGUGUUUGCCAUCAAGAAACUCAAGGUGCCCUUCCAAAGUUUUAGUGACAGGUAGAUACUUAUUUUGUGAUGAUGGAAAAUAUCAGGAUUAUUCAUCUUUUUUUUUUUU